CAACGGUAUUCGUUUAAUUAAUGAGUAAUAACAGCGCGCGGUGUGAUAAUAAACAAUAACUUUGUUAUAUUUAACUUAUAAGUUAAUCGUUUGCAGAUAAAGUGACUAGAUUUAAUUUAACCCACAGGAUACGUUUUCUGAUAAAUUUUUGUGAUAUCCGGCCAAUGUAAGUUUCAAUUCGUGGGUGAUUGUGGUGUUGAUAUAAGGUACUACUCCAAAUUUUGAUUUGGGUUAGGAGUGCCUGAGGAUAUCUCCUUCUAGACUUUUCAUUGUAGCAGCUAGUGUGCGAUACGCCACACAAAUUUGAAACGUGGAAAUAUGGGCGUAUGCCGGGUCCUGGUGUUACUUUUUCUAACGUUAUGUGAGGUUUACUCAAGAGACCCAUAUUCUAUAUGCGCAUCUCUAAAGGACAAAUCAGACUGUGAUCAAGUUGAAAGGCAAGACUUCGUUCGUUGCCAAUACAGCCUUCAUAAUGUGGACUGCUUAUUAAACAUAGAGAACAAAAGAGCUGAUUUUGGAACAGUCCAACCAGAGGCGGCUCUUGUAGGAGCAAAGUUCCUAAAAAAUGUUGUUGUGGUGGGAGAAUUUCGCACUGACACAGAACUAGAUGAUUCGGAAUUUGCGGUAGUUGUUCUUGUAAGAAAGACUCACACAGGUGGGUUAAAGAACUUGCGUGGUAAAAAAUACUGCCAUCCUGGAUUCAAAUUCAAUCACAUUGUGACCGAUUUCGUUUUGAAGGAGUUUGAAAAUACAGUUCUGAAAGAAAAUAAUGCUGAGGGUUGCAAGAAUAAAGUCUCGACUGCAACUUUGUUGGAAAAGGAAAUAAGGGCGGUCUCUGAAUUCUUUGGGCCUUCUUGUAGACCAGGCCCUUGGUUUGGUUUUGAAAAAUUUGACAACGAAUUUUAUAAAAAUUACUCAAAUCUUUGCGAGUUAUGUAAAGAAAACGACUGUAAAGCUGGCAAUGUACCGUUUACAGAUUCAAUCAAUUGCCUACUCAAUGGUGGAGAUGUUGCAGUUACAACUAUGCACACAGUUUACCAGUAUUUUAACAGCACAGAAUAUAAAAACAGAAUUGACGAGUUCGCAUAUUUAUGCAAGAAUGGAGAGGUUAGAGGCCUUGAUAAUCCCUGUGCGUGGAGUAAACAACCGUGGAAUCUAAUUGUGGUUAAUAAAGAAAAAGAAUCUGUCAUCAAAUCUGAUAUACAGAGUUGGUUUGCAAAUAAUAUAAUUAAUACAAACUCCAACAUUGAACCCGUUAACGCUGAUACGAAAAAUAUUCAACCAAUUUUGUUUCCCACAGAUCAGGAGUAUAAUAAAAUUCAAAUUGUUGCAGAAGCUCCAACCUUAUUGGAAUAUAUUGCAAAAUAUAGAGAGAUUCCAUCAACUGAAGAAAAAUGCGGCGAAAAUAUAAGGUGGUGUACUGUGUCAAAUGCUGAACAACAAAAAUGUGAAUGGUUAGCUCAAGCUAGUGCAAAUGUUGCUAUACAACCUACCAUAAAGUGUAUUCAAAGUCCUACGCCAUUUGCUUGCCUAGAAGACAUUAAAAUAGGUGGAGUUGAUGUUGUAGCAUCGGAUGCACACCUUGGAUAUAUAGCUAGAAAGAAAGAUCUAGCACCAUUAGCAUUCCCUGAUACUGCAAGUAAAGACCGCAUCAAACCUAUUAUUGUUCUACGCAAUGAUAAUAACAGUAUAAACAGCCUAGCGGAUCUGAAAGGGAAAAAAGCAUGUAUUCCAGACUAUGGGGGUAUUGAAUGGUUGUCCUUUAUUAAUACAGCACGUGCUCAGGGUGUUAUAUCUCAUUCAAGCUGUGAUUAUGGGAAAUUAAUUAGUGAUUUUGUAUCUGAGUCAUGCAUGCCAGGAGCGCACGACAAGGAACACGAAGUUUCCGGGAAUAUUGAUGUAGAGAAGCUUUGCAAACUUUGCCAACCUGAUCCACAAGAAAGCAAAACCGGUGUAAACUGUAAUAGUAACACUGAAAAUAGGUUUUAUGGACACGUUGGUGCCUUGAAAUGCCUCAAAGAAGCUGGAGAGUUUGCUGUUGUGACACAAGAAGAUUAUAGCGAAUUCAACCCGAAUGACUUCAGGGUUUUGUGCAAAAAUGGAAGCCUUGCUGCUGCUCCAGGUUUCAUCGUCGAUGAGAAUUGUGCCUUGACGAAAAUUAUUGACAGUGAGGUACUUGCCAAAAAAGAUGGCUCUAAGGUGGGCAACAUUAAUGCGGUUUUGUUAAACUUGGAAACUCGAUUCGGAUCAGAUAGGCAUAAGUUCUUUGAAGUGUUUAAUUCAUUUAACAACACAUUGGAUUUACUGUUUAAAGACUCAACUCAAGGAUUAUCCUAUUUACAGUCUCAGUCUACACAUAUUAAGAACUUUGUUCAAUUGUUUGAAGAUGUACAGAAAUGCGUUGCAAAUGACAAAGAUAAUUCAGGAACUCGGUCAGGAGUAACUAUUUUAUCUUUUGCGAUUUGUUUGCUUUUACCGUUAUUUUAUUAAAAAGUUGGAUUGUUUUUAAUUAUUUCCACAUAAACUUGAUGUAGCAGGUACAUUCCAUCCACUUGCUGGUUGAUUUGACGAACUUCUGUUAUGUGUAAAUGAAUUUAGAUUACCUACCUAGUUUUAAGUCGUACAAGAGUUGCCAUAUUUAUGUUCUUUCUUUUAUAUAUAGUUCAUUUUUUGUAAAGAAUUUUUUUUAUUUUUACGCAAUUUGUAAUACCUACCUACCUACUAUCUUAUUUUAAUGUAUAUAUAACUGACAAGAUAUUUGUAAGUUUGUAGCAUUAAUAAACGGACCAACUGUAAAUUAUUACCCAA